CUACGCGAAGCAACGGUUUUUGUGUAGCAAAUGCAUUUUUCCCAUCCGAUUUCGAUCUAAACUGCAUGGGAAAUUUCCCUUUUGUCUGAGGGAUCAUAGAUUUAUAUUGGAUGAGCUUUUCGUUUGGUGAAAAAUGGAUCAAAACGAAUCUUCCGUACCGAGACGUGAUGCAUGUGGUCGACAGAGAGAAACACACGGAAGAAAAGAUAUGACUCUUCGUAGGAGAAACUUCUCUUUUCCAUCUGAAGAGAGAUCAAAAACCCUCCAACUGAAAAUUAGAAUGAUGAACUUCAAUAAAUUUCGGAGGCGAAAAGGGCCGGCUUGGACAAGAAGUGAACAGAAAAAAGCGAGAUCUUCACAUUCAGGAAGCAGUAAAAGUUGUACGUUGGAAACAGCUGAUUCAAAUCAACCUCGGAACUCUGGUGUUCGAGAAAUUCCAGGGUUUUAUUAUGAUCCAGAGAAGAAGCGUUAUUUCAAAAUCACCAAAGAUCACCCUGGCAAAAAUUUUGCGAUAUGUCAGGAUGGAGGAUAUAAGAGUAUCUCAUCCAAUAAUCAUAACAGAGUAAAAGCUGGAGAUAUUAAGGUUAUCAAAAAACCAUCAAGAAUUUCUAUCUUAAAUAGUCUUCAUGAUAGGGAGUACUCUCUCAGCACACAGACAACUAAUAAGAAUAUAUUGGAAAAGCUUAUUCAACUGGUAAAGGAUAGGCAAAGACUUGUGUUAGAUCCUUGUGCUGAUCACCACCUUGAACUGGAUCAAUUUGCAGUGUCAAGGAUAGAGCCUGAUGCAUGCUAUGAGAGGAUACUUACACUUUAUGAGACCCAACCUACAGGGAACCAAGUAGUACAAUUUCAUGAUUUAAAAAAGGACAGAAAAAAUGAGUUUAAAGUAGUGCAUAAUAUGGCAAUGAUGAAAAACCAGAAAAUAACAGGCCUUCUUUGGAGUCCACAUAAAGAAACAAAGAACAUGUAUAUAGUAUCUUUACUUGGUUAUGGAAAUAUGUCUGGGGAAACCAUGAUUUUUACAGUGGAAGGUGCUUCACAACGGAUAGUUGGUAGAACUUCAGUACAAGGGAAUUCAGUGUGGGCUAAUUCAUGGAACAGAAACCCUUUGUAUAGUAACAUGAUCAGUAUUGGAGCAAGUAAGGUAGCUCUAACAUUUGAUGUAUCCAUGAAGAGACGUGUGAUACAUGUUAAGUGUCAAAGUGCUGUGCUUGCUCAGGAGUUCUCAUGGAGUAAUCCUGUUCUCUAUAAUGGCUCACGUGAUGGUUGCAUACGUACAUGCGAUGUGCGUGUGAUUGGUCCCAAAUGGCCAGUAAUGCGUCUUAAUCAAGGAGAGCUGGCAUCGAUCACAUGCCUACGGGUUUUGCAUAAUGAAAACUACCUGUUGGCCAGUGGUUUAGAUGGAUCGCUGAAGUUGUGGGACAUAAGAGCUAAGGCCUGUGUGCAAGAUUAUAGUGGGCACAUAAAUGAGAUCACACAUGGGCUACGCUUCUAUGUGGACCCAACUGACUCAUUGAUUUUUGCUGCGGGACAAGAUUCAGUGACACGCAUCUGGAGUAUUGGAAGUGGUAAACUACUUCACACAAUUCCAUUUCCUGCCACUGUGAACAGAUCUCUCAGCCCCAUCCCAGCUCUGUACUACUCAGAGGAAUGGGGUGGUAAGGGAGGCAUGCCAGGUCUCCUGUAUGGUGCUGGUGAUUCUAUUUAUUCAUAUUCCUACUGAGGAGUAGGGAGGGUGGCACUACCAGUGUACCAUAGCAUGGUGGUGGUGAUUGAAAGGAUUAGUAGUGGAGUGAAGAGAUGGCGGGGAGAUGUCUGCUUUCUUCUGGUCAAGGGAGAGGUACAUUUGGUAAAAUGAUCCACCUAUAUCAGAAAAAGUUGAUUAAAAACAAUUUUUUGACAAUUAGAUGACAUAUAGAUCUGGAAGUCCAUCUUACAUUGACUGCUUGACAAGUGAAUUUAAAGAAAAGUCAUAUGGUUGGGCAAGAUGUGAGUCCUUCAAAAGAGAAAGGUGCAGGAAAAUUUUCACAAAAAUGGAAGCCUUUCAUUGUAGGAUGGCUGUUUCAGUAAUGGGUCAAAUCAAUAGAAUUUAAUGUGUGGUUUCAUUGAUAAGUAAACUAACCCUAGGAUAAGUAAGAUUUCAAAUACCAUUGACUCUGUGAAAUUGAAUUCAAUAAACUUCGCAUUUCUUAAAGAA